UAGAUUCCUUGAGAGAAACAUAUUGUACAUGACAUUAAAUAAAGUAGAAAGUUGCGUAUCGCGGAUGUUUUUUUUAAAUAUUUUAAAACAACGUAGUAUCUAAAAACAGUGACUGACUAUCAAGAAAAAUAUGUGAACAAGCUUAACAUUUUAUUGGAGAAAGCAGUAAACUGAAAACAAUCGACUAAAUAAACAGAUGGACGAAGGAGAAAAGAGGCAUGUCAUUCAUGUGGUCGAAGUGACAUACACCAAAUCAUUGAUUCUUGUGCUGCUGUUCUGGAUAACUAUUGUUGAUGGAAGAAUUGACGUAACUCUUGCUAACAAUAAAAAAGAAGCUUCGAAAGGAAAGGAUUGUACUGUUUAUUGGAAUAUCAGCAAUCUUAAAACACUUUAUCAAUUGAAAUUGUACAAAAACAAAACAAUUAUUAAAUCAGGUUCUCCUUCUAACUGGAUUUCUACUGAAUUUUUCACCGUCAACAAAACCUCUUUUUCUAUAAAAGGUUUUAUGGAGGGUGAUAAAAUGCGCUGCAUGAUGACGAUACAUAAUGUUUCAUAUGCUGAUGAUGCAAGUGAAUAUGUUAUAAAGUGAUAUAUGUAACUCUGGAACCAUUUCAGAAAUACGAAGAAAAAGCAACGUUUCACCUUAAUGUUAUAGGAGGUCCUGAAUUCUGCGGAAUGAAACUACCAAACCAAAUUAAUGUAAAUAACGAAAAAGCUGAAGUUGAGAUAUGUGGCCAUCCAAAACCCGAAGUAAAUUUUUAUAUAGACAAAGGUAAAAGACUUCCUGGUGCGU